GAUCGACGACAAUAGACACGAGCAACACAACAGUAACCAGGUGACAACAACGCGCGAGAGCCCGCCGCGCCACCCCCGCGCACGCAUCCGCGGCUGCCCCGGGACGCGCGGCGCGUCGCGAGGCGCAGCGCGCGCGCCCCAAAAUAGGCAGCCAAAACACACGCCAAAAAAACCGCGUACGCGCCCGCGCGGGCUGCCCCGAGUCGCGCGCAGCACCGGGAGCAUCUCAAAACACGCGACCCGCGCGCCCGCGGGGCAGCCACGCGCGUAGUUCCCAUCCCCGCGCUGUCCCGACCGACACCGUACAACCCCCAUGUUAACGCAGGCCCACACAAAAUGACGACUCUCGACAUCAAGCCCGACACAGCCAAAGAGAUUUCCAAGCCAGCUUUGACGUGGGACCAGAGGAUGGACCAGGAUGACGAGAAGCUGCGCGCCUUUAGGGCCUUGCAAAAAGAUGACCUGUUCAUGGCCCUAAACGCGCUUGCGCGUGCGGGCGAUGACGAGAUCAAGACGGUCUAUGAGGCCGGACGCGAUUAUAUUUUGUCCAAAGUGGACCGGGCCGUUCCUUGUACGGUCUACACGGUGUACUUCCUCGAGGCCUACAAGGAUCGGCUCGAGAAAUGCAAUGCGCAGCUCAAGGUCAAGUUCUACGCGGAAUCGAAGAUUGAAGCACGCGACGAGGAGCUCGCCGCCGAGCUCGCCGCGUGCAAGGAACAACUCAAGGCCAAGGACGCCAAGCUCAAGUCUGCGGAACAUUUCAACGAGACGCUAUGUGAUAAGGUCAAGGUCCAUGACGUUAGGAUCAACGCCCUCGAAGAUUUUUUCAAGACCAAUAUUAAACCCUUACUAGAAGUACACGCUAAGAUCAAGGCCAAGGAAGCUCUGCUGAGCAAGGCGAAGGACGAGAAUCACGAGUUGAGAAUGGAACUGGUCGCGUUAAAGGACGAGCUCUCCAUUUAUUCGAAUGGAACGGAUCGCAUGUUGGCCAAGUUUGCGAAGGGCCAGCCCCUCGCCUGCGUGACCAACGCCUAACAGACUCACCCCCGGGGCGUAAACAUCAGAAG